AUAAACAAACUUGAGUAAAAUUCGUUUAGAAAUUUCGUUUAUAUAUUUUCAAAUUUUUUUGGAGGAAGGGUUGGAAUUUUAUCGUUUUGCUUUACUGGUUGAAAUCUUGUUUACAACAACAGGAAUAUGUCUUUCGUGGUCAAGAUUGAAAUUAUCAAUUAAGAAAGGUCAAAUUUGCGCGGAAUAGUUCAAGUUGUAAACAAUCCAAGGACGCCAUGUGAACUUACUCUUGUUAUUUUAUAACAUAAACAAAGAAAUAUGAGUCGAAGAUCAAGCUCUACAAGUUUGACAACAACUGCAAGUGCCUCAUCCGUUGGUGAUGAUCCUUUGAUGCGCGAUUGUUACGAUUUGAGACGACGACUUAUGCAAACUGAACAGUCAAUAAAAAAUCUAAACCCACCGUUAAAGACUAACAGCAGUUCUUCAGUUUUGACAAAUGGUAUAUCCAAGACAGAUUUAUCCACUAAUCUGACAAUGUUGGUGCCUCACAGACAACCUAAUUCUCACUCAUCAAGAACUCCAUCUGAAAGAUCUGAUCAGCCUCCUGUCCUGACUUUAGCAGACCUGAGUCCCUCGUUAUCCGAUAACAACAAUGAAGUACCAGCUAAUGAACUUCUCAACUCCUCUUAUUACUUAUCAACUAUACCACCUGUAAGAUCUUCAAGCUCACUUGGUGAUACAAACAGGCGAUUGCAACAGUCAAACACCACACAAGAGUAUUCUAGUAUGAAUGGCAGUGAAAGUUUGAGAACAAAAUUACAAAAGGUCAGAGAGAAAAACACAUCUCUAGUGAGUCAGAACCAUAAGUUGAUGAGUGAACUUGAAAAUAUGGGAUACGAACUUCAGCAUGAACGUAAUAAGGUAAAAAUUUUGCACCAGGACCUGGCAAAAGAAAAAGACGGUGUCCAUGAAUAUGAAGAUCGUAUCAUUGCUCUGGAAAAAGAAAUUUCUUCUCAACAUCAUUCUCUAAGGUCAUCAGAAGAAAAGUUCCUCAAUGUGAAUGAACAAUUGGAGAACAAAUCUUUGGAACUGAAGGAUGUUUUGGAAACUUCAAGAGAUUUUCAAACAAAAUAUGAGGAAGAGAUGGCAGUUAGAAAACACUUGCAGUCUAAGUUGGAAGAGAGCUUACAGAACAUGCAACAAUUGACCACGAAAAUAACAGAAGAUAAGGAACGCGAGAAAGAACAAACGAAGCUGAGAUGCGAAGAAAUGGAAAAAAUGGAUCGAGAAUUAAAUGAACUGACAAAUGAAAGAAAUACAUUGUUGGGUCAAAACAAUUCACUGGAGGGUCACGUCACUGAACUCAAGGAAGAAAUCAGUUUACUUCAGUCAGAAGGCGUUGCAAACGCAGAGUAUAAAAGCUCACUCGAGAGAGACAAUGCAGAGUUACGAUCAACUGUCGCUCGACAGAGUCAGAGGGUUGGUCAACUAGAGAAGAAAUCACCCAGAGAUGAUGAUAGACUUCAAGAGAUAAUCAAAUUACAACAUGACAAGAUACAAUAUUAUCAACAAGAAAUCGAACAAAGCAAACAAGAUAUGCUUAGAUUGGAAAGUUUAGUUCAGAAAGUACAAGACGAGAGACACUAUCGUACCCCAACGGCUGUGGAUAGUGGCGUCAGCUCCAGUAAAGACGCAGGUACCAUGACAGGCCUGAGAACUGAGUUGUCAUUCAUCGCAGAAAGAAACAGAAUUAACGAUAGAAAACAACAACAACUAGAACAAAUUAUAUCACAAAUGGAGGACGAGGCUGCCUCGUAUUCAACUCAAUUGAUACAACUUGAAGAUAGGUUGGCUGCUAAAGACGAAAUGGUGCACAGUUUAGAAGGAAAAUUGAACGAAAAAAAUGUUCGCCUGGUUGAAGUCAAAGCUGAACUCGAUAAUGCAUUGGAUACGACCAGCGAACUACAACGAGAGACUCACAAGAAAAGUCUGAAAAUUGAAAAUUUGGACAACGAACUUGAUGAGAAAAUCUCAGAACUGGGAACGUGCGCUUCUAGAGUUCAUGAUUUGGAACAAAAUAUUCAGGAAAAACAAAACUAUAUAGAUGAACUGGAGUCAUGUUUGAAGAGCAGAGAGUCCGAGAUUACUGAACAAUGUAAUUUGUUAGACAAGACAAGAAGUUUACAUACUGAACAUUGUAGAGAGUUGGAGAAUCAGAUUGAUAAGCUUCAACGAGAGUAUGAGGGGAAAAAUAAUCAAGUUUCGCAAUUGGAUACAGUCUUAAAAGCUUCUCGUCAGGAUGCAACGGUGAAAAUUUCUCGCAUUCAAGAAAUGGAGAAAGCAAUUUCCGAGCAGCAACGAGAGUUGGAUCACAGGCAAGAACAGAGUAAACACUACGAAGCAAAGUUAUCAAAAUUGCAAGAACAAGCUAGAAUUGAGAAUGAACGAGGAGAAAAAUUGGAUGAAACAUUGCAUGAAUGUCAACAAGAAAUGACAACUCUUAUUGAACAACAGGCAAAAAUGAAAGAAAAUCAUGAAAAUGAAAUGCAGGACAAAAUGAAUGAGAUCUCAAAACUAAAAGACGUUUUAAAAAAGCUACAAGAUGAAUACCGCAAGAAAUGCAAAGAAUGCGAGCUAUUGCAAGAAACCUUGUCAGAAAGAAACGAACUAACAAAACAAAACCAGAAACAACUUAAGGAACAAGAACACAAUCUGACAAGACUCAAACAAGAAGCCGGGAUCUUGGAACUAGAGUUGAACCGCGAGAAAGAAACGAAUCGUGAGGAAGUGAGGAAAUUACAAUCCUUGUUAGAAAAUGCAAAACGAGACUUAGACCAAAGAACAAGUCAGUUGAAUGAAAUGAAUACCUCGUUGGUCGGUGUACAUAAAGACAUGAAACAAAGUUCAUCGCAUGUUGUUGAUUUAGAACAACUGCUGCAGCAAACACGAGACGUUUUAGCAAAAAAAUGCGAAGAAACGAGUGAUUUAAAUUCAAGUUUAAAGGAUAAGGAUAAAGAACUUACCAGCAAGUUAGAAAUAAUAAAACAACUUGAAGAAACUGUUAAAGAGACGAAGAAAAAUUUGACUGAAACACAAGACAGUUUUAGUCAAACAAAAAUUAAUUUGUCUGAAAGAGAAAGCCAAGUUUCGAAACUUGAUGGGGAGUUAAGCAAAGCACAAAGCGAGAUUUUGGACACUGCAAGGCAGUUGGAAGAAUUAAAGUCAGUUUUGGAAGAUAGCAAGAAGGAGUUGAGAGACAAAGAUAGACAGAUGGAUGAUUUGGGAGAUAAAUUGAAUAGAAGUGAAGAAUUGUUGGAACGAAAGGAAAGAGAGAUAGAGCAAAAGGAAGCGAAGAUGACGGAACUGGAUCAAACUGUCAGAGAAUGUCAAUGGGAGUUGAAACAGCGAGUCUCUGAGAUGAGCAAACUGGACAUUUCUAUUAAAGAACAACGCAGUGAUUUGACACAGAAGACAAAUGUCUUAGAACACUCUUUAAGUCAAUGCCAGUAUGAACUCAGUGAGAAAUCUUUAGAGUUGAGUGAAAUGAAAGCAAAAUACGCUCAAAGUCAGGAACAAAUCAAACAAAAAACAGUUCGACUGGAUUACAUGGAGAACACGAUGAAACAACAAGAGCAGGAACUGAGGAAACGACUUGAUAAAGUCGCUGAAUUUGAGAAGGAAUUCACGAAGCUUAAGAUUGAGUCAGACGAUAAAAUAGAAAUCACGCAAGAGCUUCGCUUGGCAAGGGAGCAAGUCCAAAAUACGCAUUCAGAAUUGCUGGACGCCCGUCGCAAACUUUUACGAUGUGAACAAAAGGAACAUGAAUAUUUAGACGAACUUAAAGAAGCUCACGCACUCUUAGCUAAUAAAGAAGCAGAUUGCGCGCGUCUUGCAAAAGAACUUGGAGCUAGCCAAGUGCGCGAAGCUCAGGCUGAGGCAAAAUGUGUGCAAGAGAAUCGUCGAGUGGAACAACAAUGUUUACUUAAAACAACAACUUUAGAGAAUGAGAUUGAGAAAUUACGUGAAAACCACAGUAAAUUAUUCUCCCAAAAAGAAGAAGCGGAAGCCGCGCAUCGGCUGAACGUUCAGAAUUUACGAGAGAAAGAAAAAAUGAAGGAAAAAGAAAUGAAACGACUGCAAGAAGAACAGAAAACAUUCAACGGUCAUUUUGUGAACUUAAAACAACAGGUUGAGGAACUCCAAGACCAAGCUCACGUUGCGAAUGAAACGAUUAUCAUCAAAGAAUCUGAGAUAACACGGCUACAAGCUAAAGUGUCAGGUUAUGAACGCGCCACGUUUGGUUCCAGACUAAACUUUAAUCCACCUUACUCACAUACACCAACACCUCGAUCCCAGGCCACCCCAGUUUACCCUCACUCCCCAGUUUACUCCCACCCCCCGGUUCACUCCCAACCCCCUAGUCCUUCAGUUAGAAACUCCUACAACUACCAAACACCUGUAAAAAGAAGCAGUUCUGCGCACGACCUUCACAACAUGUCAACUGACCUAGUAUCAUUCAGUUCGCCGGCUCAUAACGGCUAUGAUAAAGAUGAUUUUGAAAGAUUGCAUUCCCAGCAUUCGACGCGGUCUUCAACGUUAAACCGAAGUAUGGGAGACACAUUUGAAAGAUUGUUCGAUCAAGCACGAUACGAGUUACAACAUGUUGCUGCAUCACGACAGACUGAUGAAACAUCGCUAAAAGAUCAACCAGAGCAUCACGAUAAAGAUGCAUCAAAAGCAGACAACGGAGAUAUUCAAUAACAUUUUAACUUGAACGUCUUUCUCAAGCAUCAUAGUAUGAGCUAUAAAUCCUACCCCAACUUUACCUAUACCAAUCAGACGAGAUGAUAUAUAAGACAAGUCUCACGAUAAAGGUUGUGCUAGCAA